CAAAAUAGACCACCCAGGCCAGUCAGAAAGUAAUCAUAUUUUGCUGAUGACGACUACAGAGUUGAAAAGACAGAAGAACACCGAACAGACGGGCGAUCUUAACGGUCAUGGUAAGCAACAAGUCCGCAAGUCCAAGAUUUUCAGUCCAUUCAGAACUAUCGGCCAUGUUUCUAACGGUACUCCCUUUGCCAUUGGAACUCUAGGAUCUACCUUCUAUAUUGUCACAAUUGUGGGAAGAUCGUUUCAAAUUUAUGAUGCUGCAACGUUACACCUACUUUUUGUGUCUAGCAAACAAACAUCCGCUCCAAUCUCUUGUGUGACAGCACGCUCCCUCUUUGUCUUCUGUGCCUAUGGAAAUAAAAUUGGAGUUUUCAGAAGAGGUCGGUUGGAGCACGAAAUGGAGAUUCCUGAUAGUCGGAAAGAAAAGAAUUUUAGAAUCAAUAAAUUACUAGUGUUCAAUGCGUACCUGAUUGCCUGCACAGAUCACAAAGUUUACGUUUUUGAAAACAGAGAGGCGAGUGACAAGUUCCCAACAGUCUAUUAUACAUCAUUUGAAGUCAACCAAAUCUACGGCAGUAUUGUGGAUGUUAUCCACAUGCCAACUCACAUGAAUAAGAUUCUCGUUGCAACAUCAAAACAUCUGCUGGUUUAUAAUGUCAAGACAGCGAAAAAUGUAUAUAUUACCAGCGAGUUCAGUGAAAGUAUCACUACAAUCACAGCCGCUCCAGUUAUAGACUUUAUUGCUAUUGGUACCGUGGAAGGUAUAUGCAAAAUCUAUAACGUGAAAAAAGGCAAAACAUUGAAAAACAUCAACACAGGCUCCAAGUCAUUGAUUACCUCUGUCUCCUUUAGAACAGAUGGAAACCCAGAUAUUGUCUGCUCAUUAAGAAAUGGUGAUCUAUUUUUCUAUGAUUUGAAUAGAAAUGCUCGUAUCCAUCAUUCUCCGAAUGUUCACAAGGAAGAGUUUGGCGGUGUGUCAAAAGCUCAGUUUUUGAAUGGAAACCCAAUUAUUGUAACUACCGGUGGUGACAACUCAUUGAAGGAAUUCGUUUUUGAUCCUGCUUUAUCCGAAACUAAUUCAGCAGUUGUGACACCACCAAGACAUUUGAGAUCUAGAGGUGGACACUCUGCUCCUCCAAGCUCAAUCCUUUUCAGUGAUGAGAAUGCCCACUUUGUUGCUUCGGGAUCGUUGGACCGAUCUUUUUGGCUUUUCUCACUUCGUAAAGAUGCACAAUCUCAAGAGAUGUCACAAAAAGAAAGCAAGGUUAAAAAUGGUAAACUACAGGCUGGAAUGUCUGGAAAGUUCAGAAACAAGUUCCCCCCAAUUGUUUCUAUUGUACAAGAAAACAGUAGGUCAAAAGAAUGGGAUAACAUUUUGACUGCACACCAAGACGAAAAGUUUGCGAGAACUUGGAGCUCAAAAAAUAAGAAGAUAGGUAAGCACCAUCUAGACACAAUAGACGAAGGUAUAGUCAAGUCUAUCGCCAUCAGUCAAUGCGGUAAUUUUGGUUUCGUUGGUAGCAGUAACGGUGGUAUAGGUGUCUACAACCUUCAAAGUGGAGCAUUAAGAAAGAAGUACAAGCUGCAUAAGAAAACAGUCACAGGAAUUGCUGUUGAUGGUAUGAAUAGGAAAAUGGUUUCAUGCGGUUUGGAUGGUAUUGUGGGCUUCUAUGAUUUUUCUCAAAGUAAAUAUUUGGGUAAACUCACCUUCGAUGCUCCAAUAACCAGCUUAUGUUACAAUAGAUCAAGUGACCUUUUUGCCAUUGCGCUAGAUGACUUGUCAAUUGUAAUCAUUGAUGCUGUAUCACAGAAAUCAGUGAGACAGCUUAUUGGACAUACCAAUCGAAUUACAUCCAUGGACUUUUCCAACGAUGGUAGAUGGCUGGUAUCAUCAUCGCUAGAUUCGACGAUAAGAACGUGGGAUUUGCCUACAGGAGGUUGCAUAGAUGGUAUCAAGCUGCCAAAAGUGGCUACAAAUUUGAAGAUGUCACCGAAUGGAGAAUUCUUAGCUACAUCUCAUGUCAAUGAUGUGGGAAUAUCGUUAUGGACAAACAAAUCCCAGUUUAAAAAAAUCUCGACGAAGCAUAUCGAGGAUGAAGACCAGUUUGCGAAUAUACUUUUACCCAACGUAAGUGGUGAAGGUGGAUCAAGCUUAAUAGAAGGUGCUUUAGAUUCAGAUGAGGUUGAUUUAGAAGAUGGCAUGUAUAUAUCACCAGAAAACUUGAACAACGAUUUAAUUACCUUCUCCAACAAUUCAAGGAAUAAAUUCAACUCUGUUAUCUAUCUUGAUUCUAUCAAACAAAGAAAUAAAACAAAAGAAGCUCCAGCGAAGCAAGAUAAUCUACCAUUUUUCCUGGAACUUACAGGUUUGAAAGUUGGUAAUAAUGCCAUUGAAAACGAAGUUGGCAAGGAUGCCUUAGAAAAAUUAAAUCAACGACAAGACGAGGAAAAUCCAACAUCAAAGUUGUUAAACCUGGAUAAAAAUAAAGAGUAUCAGUUUGAAACAGAGUUUACGAAACUAUUGAGAUUGAAAAAAUACAGCGAGUUCAUCGACUUAAUUGUGGGGUUGUCACCAUCAAACAUAGAUUUUGAAAUCAAAUCAAUAUCGUUCACACCUCCGUACGAUGAGACUGUCUCAUUUUUCAAAGCAAUGAAGUUUGGAAUAACAUCGAAUUCUAAUUUUGAGAUGCUAGUUGCCAUUGUAUUCAAUUUUUUUCAAUCACAUUCUGAUACUAUAUAUGAAAUCAAGAAACUCUCUAAGAACUUUGAUGAAGAUGCAAUCAAAGUUGUGGAGGCUAUGAACGACUUCCAGAAGUCCUGUAUUGAAGUGGUGGAGAAGUUAAACGAAAUUACUAAAUAUUGUUCCAGUGUGGUAAAUUUUAUCACAACCACCUAACCCUCUCUUCUCAUGUCUAAAUCGUUUAUAAUGAUACAUAAUUGUACAUAGAUUUAAAUGCAAAUCUAAAAGUUUUGAGAGUAC